AUGACCCCCGAAGACGAAAUGUACGGGACGGAGAAGAGCUUUGGGAGAGCAUCGCAAGGGUCCGACUACUUUGGCGAGUCCUCGCGGUACCAAGACGGCCUUGGGCGGAGGGUGAUUGAGAGUUUUAAGAGAGAUCCGAACUUCGCCAUGACCAUGGCUCCCAAGGGAACGACGGCAGCAGAAGGCAACAUUUUCGAUCCAGAAGCAGCAGCAGCGAAUACGGCAAACUCGCCACUCGCGCGAAGGCUGAAGGGCCGACAUUUACAGAUGAUAGCAAUCGGAGGUUCCAUAGGUACCGGUCUCUUUGUCGGCUCGGGACAAGCGCUAGCAAAUGGUGGCCCAGCGUCGCUCGUCAUAUGUUAUUGCCUCGUCGGUAUAAUGUUGUACACCACUGUCCACGCGCUGGGCGAGAUGGCAGUUCUGUUCCCGGUCGCUGGUUCCUUCUCUGCAUACUCUACCCGCUUUCUGGAUCCGGCAUGGGGUUUCGCCAUGGGUUGGAACUAUGCUCUGCAAUGGCUUGUCGUCCUUCCACUCGAAAUCGUCGCCGCUACCUUCACCAUUGAAUACUGGAGUGGUGGGUCCAUUGACAACAAUGCAUGGGUAGCAGUCUUUUUGUUCCUGGUCGUUGUCAUCAACUUGUUCGGUAUCAAGGGAUAUGGAGAGGCAGAGUUCAUCUUCGCCAUCAUCAAAAUUACGGCAGUCAUUGGCUUCAUCAUUCUGGGUAUAAUCAUCAACAUUGGCGGUGGUCCGGACGGCGGCUACAUCGGUGCAAGAUACUGGCGCGACCCAGGGCCCUUCAACAACGGCUUCAAGGGCGUCUGCAGCGUCUUCGUCAACGCCGCCUUCGCCUUUUCUGGAACUGAACUCGUGGGUCUGGCCGCUGCAGAAACUGCUAAUCCGCGCAAAUCCCUCCCUACUGCCGUAAAACAAGUCUUCUGGCGCAUCUCCCUGUUUUACAUUGUCUCUCUCACUAUUGUCGGGCUGUUAGUUCCUUACAACGACAGGCGUCUCCUACAGGACAAGAACAACGCCGAUGUCGUUGCUUCGCCUUUUGUAAUCGCCAUCCAAAAUGCUGGUAUCCAAGGCCUACCCUCGGUCUUCAACGCCGUCAUCAUGAUUGCUGUACUCUCUGUCGGAAACUCGUCCAUCUACGGUUCAUCACGUACUCUUGCUGCACUGGCAGAGCAACAUCAAGCCCCCAAGAUCUUUGCCUACAUUGACCGUCAGGGCCGCCCUCUAGUUUCGAUUGCGUUCGCUUCUUCCCUCGGUCUUCUUGCUUUUCUUGCUGGCGCAGAUCGCAAACUGCAAGACGCGGCAUUCAAUUGGCUACUCGCCCUCUCCGCCCUCUCUGCAGUUUUCACAUGGUUGUCCAUUUGCUUGGCUCAUAUCCGCUUCCGCCAGGGCUGGAAAGUUCAAGGACACAGCCUGGACGAGCUUGCUUUCCGCUCACAGCCUGGCAUCAUCGGUUCUUAUAUUGGACUGUGUUUGAACAUUCUCGUCCUCGUGGCACAGUUUUACGUGUCCGUUGCGCCCAUCGACAUGAACGUACUGUCAACCUCACAGCGCCUACAGCGCUUCUUCAGUGUUUAUCUCGCCCUUCCAGUCACCCUGGCAUUUUAUUUUCCCUAUAAGCUGUGGUUCCGUACCUCAUUUGUACGAUCCCACAAUAUGGAUCUCGUUACCGGAAUCCGGGAGCUGAACUUGCAAGUACUGAUUGAAGAGGAGCGCGAAGAGAAGCGGAGAUGGCCCAAGUGGAAGAAGGUGUACAAGUUUUUUUGUUGA